AUCGUCGUCAGUCAUCCACGGUGUUUGUAACAGCUGAGGUGAGGAUAAUAGCAGUAAUUGAGUAAAUGAUAUUAAUAAGUCGGUGGACCUCCACCACUGUCGUCAUGGGGAUCCUCCGCGAGCUGACCGUCGUCCUGCGCGUGCGGGAGGCGCGCCGUGUCGUUGCCGUCGCCGCGGCCGUCGUCGUCGCCACGGCGGCGCUCGUCACGCUCUGCCAGCAGACGAACAAGGCGCUCGCCGCCUACACCUAUCUCGUCGUCUUCGACCUUCUGCUCGCGACCUGCCUUCUCAGCGCGUGGGUCGAGCAGCAGGGGCCCUCCUCCGUCUUCUGCUUCGGGUACGAGCGUCUGGAGGUGCUAGCGGUGUUCGCGACCGACCGUUCUUGCGCAGCUCGGCGUCUGCUCUUAUCGUCAAGGAGAGCGUGGAGCGUCUGCUCUCGCAGCGAGUGUCCGACGCCGGCCCGCGUCCCGCCGCCGGCGCCAGUCGCGCUCGCGCGCGAGCCGUCGGCCAUCUACGGGUGCGGCGGCGCCGCGCUCGACCACGUGGCGCACGCGGCCAGCUCGAGCUGGCUGCAGGAGCACGCGUCGGGCGUGAGCCACGGCGUCUGCCGCGUCGUGCCGGGGCUCAGCCGCGCGCUCCUCCCCGCGUCGACGCCGUUCUUACGCGCUCUUCGCGACCGCCGCGUUCGUCGUCGUCGUCGUCGCCGCGGCGAUCGUCGACGCUACGCGUACUUCGCCGCCGACUCCAUCGCGGCAAUCGUCGUCGCGGCGAUGACCUUCGGGACGAUGCGCGUGGAUGGCGGGUUCGCGCGCGAAUCUCCUCUGCAGACGGCGCCACCGCACGUCGUCGGGCAGUUGGACAAGGCGCUGCGGGCGGCGACGCUGGACGGCGUUCUCGAGUUUCGCAACGAGCACUUCUGGACGGUGUCGCUCGGCGGACGCUGCUGAGAUCACCUGCCACUGCUGCGGCGUGCGCGUUAGCCGGACGAUGCGUGACGAACAGUGGUCCGU